CUAUAUAUAUAUAAGGUAAUAAAAUUCCGUUGGUCCUUUGAACCGAUUUUUCCUCGGAAGAGCAGAGAAGCUGACGAAGCAAUCAUUCCUCGGAAAAAUAAUCUUUUUCUCAGUGACAAUGAAAGUCGAGGAGAAGCAGAUUUGGGCGGUCUCGCCGUCAAAUGCUGCUUAUCAUUUUGGUACCAGUGGACUUUCUGUAGCGGUUGCAACUGGGAUUACUCACCCUCUAGAUGUCCUCAAAGUUAGGCUGCAGAUGCAACUUGUUGGUCAGAGAGGUCCUUUGAAUGGAAUGGGGCAAGUAUUUGUUCAAGUAUUGAAAAAUGAAGGAUCAAGAUCUUUGUAUCUAGGUAUGACACCUGCACUGAUAAGGUCAGUUCUUUAUGGAGGUCUCCGCCUAGGGUUGUAUGAACCUUCAAAGUAUGCAUGUGAUUGGGCUUUAGGGUCUACCAAUAUCUUAGUUAAGGUUGCAUCCGGAGGAUUUGCUGGUGCCAUUGCAACUGCACUAACAAAUCCAGUUGAGGUUUUGAAGGUACGGUUACAGAUGAAUCCAACCUCAACCAGAGGUCCAAUUGAUGAACUGCGCAGAAUUACUUCCAAAGAGGGAAUAAAAGCUCUUUGGAAGGGGGUUGGACCUGCUACUGCCAGAGCUGCUACUUUGACUGCAUCCCAACUGGCAACAUAUGAUGAAACCAAGAGGAUUUUGACCAGGUGGACAUCACUUGAAGAAGGAUUAUAUCUACAUCUCUUCGCGAGUAUGGCUGCGGGCACAGUGAGUACAUUUAUAACAGCUCCCAUGGACAUGGUAAAAACCCGACUCAUGUUGCAACGAGAAUCUAAACUAGCUCAAAGUUAUAAAAACGGAUUCCACUGUGCAUAUCAGGUUGCACUUACGGAAGGUCCUAAAGCCCUUUACAAGGGGAGCCUUGCGAUUUUUGCGAGAUUGGGUCCGCAAACUACAAUUACCUUUAUACUCUGUGAGAAGCUACGCAUGCUUGCCGGCUUGAGUGCAAUCUAGCCUCAGGAUUGGCCUUCUGCAAAUUGACCAUGCUUCUGGAUAGGUGACUUGUUUGAAGUGGUGAAGCACCGCCCACAUAACAAGAAUGCCUUAUUUAGAGAAAUUUGGUUACAUAUAUUUUUUUUUUUUCCCUUCAGUCUCUUAAGCCGUUUGCAGUAUUUUUACCUUUCACUGGAACCAUUAUUUCUGAAUUCCAGUGGAACGGUCUAGGUUUGUCGUUACACUUGAGGGCCCAAUUAUUCGAUCAAGUUGUGUAGUGAAUUCAUACAUACCUUAUCACGCAUUCUUUUCAUUGGUUCCGGCUGGAUCCAGUUGAAUAGGACUUCUUGUUGUACUUCUUUUUGAGAAAUUGUUGUUGUAUCUGCUAUCAUAUCUUGUCAACAUUACAUCAAUAAAAGGAUUUUUCUUGGUUAUAAAUCAAUAAAAGGAAUUUUUUUUUUUUUU